CGCCAAAAUCACGAGUCAUGGCGGACUUCGACGCACUGGACCAGGUAGAUCCGUUCUACAUGGCGCUGCUGCGUUCACGCCAGCGAAGAUACGCUGACUGCAUCGACAUUUGCACGGAAAUUUUGGCCCAGAACCCGUACGACCAGGCGGCAUGGGUGACCAAAACCAAAGCUAUGACCAUGCACAACUAUAUCGACGACUCGGAACUAGAAGAGGAUGGCGCUGCGGAUCUCCUCAUGGAUGAUAACGUAAUGGCAUCCAUGCCGCGGCCGGGCACGUCGCUCAAUCGCCCGAACUCGCGGGCGGGCACUGGUGACCCGAGUCUACGCCCCAUGACAUCAACAGGUCGCCCACUUAGCGGCUUUGCCAGGCCUGGAACGAGCUCUAGACCAGGAACAGGCAGUAUGUCGGUAGAUCGCGCUUUACAAGGCAAUCGACCGGGCACUUCUCGCCCGGCAACGACGUUGGGACGACAGGUGCGGCUCGGUACGGCGUCAAUGCAAGCGUCCGACUCGGGCGUGUUCAUCGAUGUGAACCGUCUCGACUUUAAGCGAUACGCGAAGCGGCCAGCAAUAGCAAAGGCGCUGGUGGACUACCUGCUGUACUGUGAGCAUAACCCACGGAAAGCACUUGAACUGGCUGCAGAGUCAACAGUGGCAGCCGACUAUAAGGACUGGUGGUGGAAGGCAAGGUUGGGCAAAUGCUACUACCAGCUUGGUCUUUUCCGUGACGCUGAGAAGCAGUUUGAGUCGUCGUUGCGCAACCAGGACAUGAUUAUCACAUUCCUAGAGCUGGGUAAAGUGUAUCUGCGUCUUGACCAGCCAAAUACAGCGCUGGACAGAUACGAGAAGGGCAAGGCCAAGUUUCCUGGAGAUAUCCAACUCCUGGUGAGCAUUGCUCGUGUGCACGACAUGCUCAACGACGUCGAGAAGAGCGUUAGUGUGUAUAAGGAAGUGCUGCAGCUGGACGCUUCCAAUGUCGAGGCCAUCGCAUGCCUAGCUUCAAAUUACUUCUACACGGAUCACCCAGAGGUGGCACUUCGCUACUACCGACGUCUGCUGCAGAUGGACGUGAACACUGCCGAGCUCUGGUGUAACAUCGGUCUCUGCUGUUUCUACGCGUCUCAGUAUGACAUGACACUGUCGUGCUUCGAUCGAGCUCUUUCACUCGCGUCCGACGACUGCAUGGCCGACGUCUGGUACAACAUUGGCCAGGUUGCCAUCGGUAUCGGAGACCUUGGACUCGCCUACCAGGCUUUCAAGAUUGCAGUCUCCGUAGACAGCAACCACGCCGAGUCGUACAACAACCUCGGAGUGCUUGAACUCCGCAAGGGCAACCAGGACCAGGCUCGUGCCAACUUCCAGCUAUCCGAGUCGCUCGCAGACUUCAUGUUCGAACCUAGCUACAACCGCGCCCUGCUCGCUUACAAGGUGGGCGACUUCCACGACUCGUUCACCAAGAUCAAUCGCGCGCUCACCACAAACCCGACCCACAGCGACUCGUUGGAGCUCAAGAAGCAGUUGCAGCAAUUCCUCACCAUGCUCUAG